AUGGUCGAGGAGACUCUUGACUGGGACGAGCCCCUCUCGGAAGCUCAGCGAGAAGAGACGCCACUCGCAGAAGACGACCUCUCUACCAAGGUCCAUAUCUUUGCCGACGCCUCAGAAAAAGCAAUAGCUGCUGUAGCGUAUCUGCAGACAGUGGACGCAACUGGAUCCACGCACAUCAGUUUCUUGAUGGGAAAGACCAAAGUCGCUCCAAAACAUGGCCAUUCUAUCCCGCGAUUGGAACUGUGUACCGCCCUGAUGGCAGUCGAAAUUGGAGAGUGCCUUUUCCAUGAGCUAUCUUUGGAACCUGGGUCCAUGACCUUUUACUCGGACAGCAAGGUAGUUUCUGGUUAUCUUAAAAACACAACCAGGCGUUUCUAUGUCUAUGUCAGCAACAGAGUCGAACGGAUCUUACGAUUUAGUAAGAGAGAACAGUGGCUUUAUGUCGAGUCUCAGCAGAAUCCGGCAGAUCAGGGAACUCGAGGAGUACCCACAUCUACUCUGAAAGCCAGUUUGUGGAUUCACGGACCUGGUCAACUUCAGCAAAAUCAAUCCAACGAUUUAGUAGAAGAGACGUUUCCCUUGGUAGAACCAUUAGAGGACAACGAAAUUCGCCCAGACGUUCAUGUGAUGAAGACUGAAGUCAGUUCAAAACCACUCAGUGAUCUAUUUGAGAAGUUUUCGAGCUGGACCAAAUUAACCAAAGUUGUGUAUUGCGUGAUGCGUGCCGCAAAACGCUUCAAAGACGGGAUAGGCACGAAGUCUGAAAAUAAUGUGGAUCUGAGCCCAUUUGAAUGGAAGAGAAGGGCAGAGGAAUUCAUUAUCAAAGAAGUUCAGGAUGGGUCUUACGGAAGGGAAGUUAGUAAUCUCCUCAAUAAAGAGGCAAUUCCCAAGAACAGCUCAAUAGAAGCUCUGGCCCCUACGAUCGAUGAUGACGGCAUCCUGCGGGUUGGUGGAAGACUUAGAAAGUCUAACUUGUCUGCCUUGGAAAAGAACCCCAUUCUAAUUCCCGGGAAGCAACAUGUAGCAACCUUGCUCACUCGACAUUUCCAUGCGUCGGUGAACACCAGGGUAGACACUUCACGGAAGGCGAGAUUCGAGCAAACGGUUUUUGGAUCACAGGAGGUAAACGCCUCGUUUCUCUGA